AUGAUCCAGGUGCAACCGUUAAAGCGAAGCGAAAUGCAGCCUUCGUAUGCCCAAGAUCUUGGAACUGGAGAGGUCACCCACGGUAUCUAUGGCUCUCUCCUCCAAGGCCUCGGUUGCAUGGUUGGUUUCGUCGGAGCCUUCCCUUGCUGCCCAUGCCCCAACCCCUUCCGUAAUGUCCAACAGGGUUCUGUCGGUCUGGUCUCACGAUUCGGACAAUUCUACAAAUCUGUGGACCCAGGCCUUGUCCAGGUCAACGUUUGCACAGAGUCUCUCCGCGUGGUGGACGUCAAAAUUCAGAUCAGUCCCAUUGGCCGCCAGAUGGUUAUCACCCGUGAUAACGUCAAUGUCGAAAUCGACUCGGUUAUCUAUUUCCAGAUUUGCAACCCAUAUCGCGCGGCAUUCGGAAUUACUGACCUCCGUCAGGCCCUGAUUGAACGUGCUCAAACGACACUCCGACAUGUCGUUGGUGCCCGUGCAGUCCAGAGCGUGGUCACCGAGCGCGAGGCUAUCGCCUUUGAAAUUGCAGAAAUCGUCGGUGACGUCGCGGACAAGUGGGGUGUCGCCAUUGAGGGCAUUCUCAUCAAGGAUAUCAUCUUCAGCGCCGAAGUCUCCGCAUCUUUGUCGUCUGCAGCUCAGCAGAAGAGGAUUGGAGAGUCAAAGGUCAUUGCGGCCCGGGCAGAAGUGGACUCGGCCCGCUUGAUGAGACAGGCUGCAGAUAUUUUGGCCAGUCCCGCUGCUAUGCAGAUUAGGCAGCUUGAGGCCUUACAACAAAUGGCCAAGUCUGCUAAUAGCAAGGUCGUCUUCGUGCCGAUGCAGCUCCAGAGUGACGUUUCUAGCCAGCUGGUCAACCACCCCGUCGUACAAAGCGAGUCCGGCAAUGAAACCGUGAAUCUCGGCGCCACUGGUCGUGUGGGACUGUUGAACGCCGUCGCAGACGUUUAA